CUCAGCCUCGUCACCUUCUCAACUGCGAAGCAUCAACAUCGUCAUCCUUUAAUUGCCUCCCCAACUCCUUGGUACACAACCUCAGUCACCUCAAGUAUAAACUGCGUAGUCGUGAUUGUCCAACGCAGAGGAGGCAAAGGUCAACAACAUGUCGUUUUCCACUGCUGACGACUUGGGCCAGUACGACCUAGGCCUGCAAGGCGACGGCGAGGCAUUGGCUGAAGGGUUAGUCCACGUUCGGUCCUUGUGGGAGCAUCUCAUUCGUCGUUGGUGAUAACUGACGGACUCGUUGAAGCUUUCACAGCCAACAGAAUUAUCCAACAUCAUCAUUUACUCCUCUCAAUGCUCGUCAGCCUCCCAAGCAAUAUGUCAACCCAACCGAAACCCUCUAUUACUCCGAAGACACGUUCGAUGUCCCAUCAGGCGAUACCUACUUGAGUGAGAACCCCAGUAAGCCGGCAAAGAAAGGCAAGGAGCGCCCUCCUGCUCAAGCAAAGAAAGGCCGAGCGGUCUCUCUCGGAGCCGUUUGGAAUUACACGGACGAGGAAGACGUUAUUUCGGAGCUAGUGGUCACCACCAAGCCAGCGAAGAGGGCAAAAUCCGCAUUAGCAAAAAAGGGAAAUGGGAACAAGGCACCUUACAAAGUUCGGAGUCGAGAGUCUGAUGAAGGCGAUGUUUUCGAGGCAUUUGAUGUUGUGGAAGCAGCUGAUGAAGAUGCAUCUAUGAACAGCCAAUUGACAACGCCCCCCGAUAGCAACAAGAGGAAACCAAAGAAGGGAAGUUCUGUCGCCACAAAACCCAAGAAAGGAAGAUUGCCUUCUUUCAAAAACUUGACAGUCACAAAGUCAGUUGCCCCGCAAGAAAAGGAACAGUUCAACGACUCCUCCGUAAUUAGCUAUCAAGGUUGGACGUCGACGCAGGAUGCAGUAAAACAUAAUGGUUUGGCACAGACCACUCUCGAUAAACUUGCGGCUUUUCGAUACAACCCGAAACCCACUAUAUUUGCCACUCCAAAUACACGGAAAACACAGGAAAGCCAACCUGGAGAACAAGUUGAUAUUAAUGAGCCUGAGCUAGAGUCGACAGGCUUCAAUGGGAACGACCUUUUGAGUAACGGUUCCUCUACCCAAUUUAUCUGGCAUCUUGAGAGUAAUGACCCCUUUCUGAUCCAGUCGGCUCUAGAACGCCCCCAAGGGAACAAGUCUGCAGCGGAUUUUAAUGAAAAGAUUGAGGCCAAUCAGACAGAGGCUGGUGCACCAUCAUUAUAUACUAUCGAGCAUAUGACUUUGGACUCUGACGGAGGGAUUGCACAUCCAUCAGCUUCUGAACCCCAAAUUGUGGGAAAACAACAUCAAUAUCACCAGUAUCGUGAACCAGCUUCCAGCGAGGCCAUGGUUCCUGAUCAUUCCAAGGAUUCCAUCAACGCGGAUACCGAAAUUGAAGAAUUGCAGGAAAAUAUGUCGAUUGUACCCGCCAUUGUCCCUGAAGUUCGAGGUUUUGCGGAGAAGCAAUUUGCUCAAGGUUCUGGGAUGAAUGUGAUUGAAGUCAAUCCGGGUUCAAAUGAAGAGCCUGUCCCACUACUUCCCGUCAACUCCGAAUUUGAUGAAUUUGAUGAGGGAUUGGAUGACGACGAUCUCAUGGCAAUUUCUACUGAUGAACUAGCACUGAAAGCAGCAAGGGUGGCAGUACUACCAGCAGCCAUUGAGUCCACUUCAUCAGAAAACAAGAUAAUCUCGGUUAUCGACAUGCCAGAUAACCCACAUCUACCAAUUCACACAGAUUAUGAUGACGAUGAAUAUCUGAUGGAUGCCGGCGAAGAUGAUCAAAUGCAUGAACUACGUGAACACCCUGGUCUUGACAUCGAGAAUCAUCAUGCUCCCACAAGUCUGCAGAAUGAAAUUGAGUUCCAAGAAGAAUACGACAGCUCUCUUCAGUUUUCACCUCCAUCUGCUAACCAACAUAGUGAUCCACUUUCCCCAAACCGCAUCCCGGGAACUGACCUACAGGAAGAAUUUGAAGAUUGGGCCUUCAUGAACUCAGAGCUUAAUGAUGUCAUGCGACAAGCAGAGCUUCGAAACCCACCAGUAACGGUUGUACUAUCUCAACCCCAAAUGACUCACCACACCAAAGCUCCGGCUACGAAAACCAAUUCCAAGACCACUGCGAUCAUUCUGGACGACAGUCACGAAUACGAACCACUUGGGCAGUUUGUUAGGCCUGAAUUUCCUGAAAUAGUUCGUGAUCGCUGUCCAAUUGUUGGAGUAUCGUCCCAAUCCUUCUUGCGCACGUGUUUUCGAAUUGGCGAACUAUUCAAGGAGGGCCAAAAAUGUAGGGCAGCUGGACAAGACACGAUAAUCGAAUUAUUCGCUCGAGUCAAUUUCUCUUCGCGGGAUGCCGGUACACAACACUUUCGGUUCAUGGAUCUGUGGAGCGACUAUCCGCCCUUUCCUACCGGCAUCCUGACAAACUACAGAACAUUGAGUCUUGCAGACAGUGAGAGUUUUGCAUUGGUUGGUGAGAAAGGCAAAGGAAGGAUGGCGAGAUGUCUGGGAAGAGUCAAGCGGGACAGAAGGUGUGACACUGGUUGGAUCAUUGACAUUAUCAAUAUCAGAGAGACUGAUUGGGAGGAGAUUCGAUGGACGAAGAGAAUUGUUACUGCGGGUUCUGAGCGCACAGAUUUGUUGAAGUUGUGACGGGAUUUCGCUCAUGUGAUUUGAGGGGUGGAAAUUUUUUUAUGCUUGUUUGCUAUCCUUAUCUUGCUAUAUCCCAAACUAACAUCUAGAUCUCUAUUGUGGCCAACACAUGUCGGCAUGCGCAUUUACCUUGCAGGAAAUUGGACUGGCU